GAUCCGUGUCAGAUCUUUUGAGCCGUUCACUGGGGUAACGACGCACAGCCUAAAUUUCUAAGUUGGAAAACUAUAUUGGUAAUACUUUAACAAAGUAUCGGAUCGGAGACUGCUUCUGGUUGAGACAUUUUAGAAGGGCGCCCUCACUAUGGGGUCCGUGAAUCUCUUUGCGGCAUUCGCUGUGAUGGUGUUUCUUGUUCAUAAUGCACAAACAGUAUCAGCGACGUGUUCUAUGGACAGCGAUUGCUUGAAUGGAGGGACCUGUGACGCUAUGCUAUCAACCUGCAACUGCACAUCAGACUUCACAGGCUUAAACUGCGAAAAUGAAAACUGUGACAUAGAUGCAAUUCCUUUCUCAAAUCAAACAACGGCUGAUUCUUUGGACCAUGAUACAAGUAUCGUUAUAGCCUGUAACAUUGGCUACUCUACCGGUAUUGACGUUCUAACAGAGCUUAUGUGUGAUAACGGGACCCUUUCUGCACCUCCUCCUGUCUGUUAUGAAAACUGUGACAUACUAGAAAUUCCUUUCUCAAAUCACACAACGAAUGAUACGUUGGAGCAUGAUGCAAGUAUCGCUGUAGCUUGUAACAUGGGGUACUCUACCGGUAUAGGCACUGUAACAGAGCUCACGUGCGAUAAUGGGACUCUCACCGAAGCUCCUACCUGCUAUGAAAACUGUGACAUACUAGACAUUCCUUUCUCAAAUCACACAAUAAAUGAUAUGUUGGACCAUGAUGCAAGCAUCACUGUAGCCUGUAACAUGGGCUACUCUACCGGUAUGGGCAUUCUAACAGAGCUCAUGUGUAAUGAUGGGAUCCUUUCUUCACCUCCUCCUGUCUGUUAUGAAAACUGUGAUGUAGAUGGAAUUCUUUUCUCAAAUCACACAAUGAAUGAUGAGUUGGACCAUGAUGCAAGUAUCGUUGUAGCUUGUGACACUGGCUUCUCCACCGGCAUGGGCAUGCUUACAGAGCUCAUGUGUGAUAACGGAACACUUUCUGCAUCUCUUCCAAUCUGUUAUGAAAACUGUGACAUAGAUGGAAUUCCUUUGUCAAAUCACACAAUGAAUGAUGAGUUGGACCAUGAUGCAAGUAUCGUUAUAGCUUGUGACACUGGCUUCUCCACCGGCAUGGGCAUACUAACAGAGCUCAUGUGUGAUAACGGGACACUUUCUGCAUCUCUUCCAAUCUGUUAUGAAAACUGUGACAUAGAUGGAAUUCCUUUCUCAAAUCACACAAUGAAUGAUGAGUUGGACCAUGAUGCAAGUAUCACUGUACUUUGUGACACUGGCUUCUCCACCGGCAUGGGCACACUAACAGAGCUCAUGUGUGAUAACGGGACACUUUCUGCAUCUCUUCCAAUCUGUUAUGAAAACUGUGACAUAGAUGGAAUUCCUUUCUCAAAUCAAACAAUAGAUGAUACGAUAUUGGAGCAUGAUGCAAGUAUCGUUGUAGCUUGUGACACUGGCUACUCCACCGGCACGGACACUUUAACAACAGAGCUCAUGUGUGAUAACGGGACACUUUCUGCAUCUCUUCCAAUCUGUUAUGAAAAUUGUGAUCUUGAAGCGGUACCGAAUUCAAAUCAGACAAUGAAUGUUACCGUCGACCACGAUGCUACUGUCAUCGUAGAAUGUGACUCUGGCUACACUUCUGAGUCGGGCAUUGCUACAGAACUCACUUGCAAUAAUGGGAACUUCUCUGCUUCACCUCCUACAUGUUCCGAAAAUUGUGAUCUUGACGCGGUACCUAAUUCAAAUCAGACAACGAAUGUUACCGUCGAACACGAUGCCACAGUCGUUGUAGCAUGUGACUCGGGCUACACUUCUGAGUCGGACAUUACUACUACAGAACUUACUUGUGAUAAUGGGAACUUCUCCCCUUCACCUCCUACAUGUUCCGCUAUAUGUACUGUGGACAGCGAUUGCUUAAAUGGAGGAACAUGUAACGCCAUGGAUUCAACUUGCAACUGUACAUCCGACUUCACAGGCUUAAACUGUGAGACUGAAAAUUGUGUUCUUGAAGCGGUACCUAAUACAAAUCAGACAACGAAUGUUAUUGUCGAACACGAUGCCACAGUCACUGUAGCCUGUGACUCGGGCUACACUUCUGAGUCGGGCAUUACUACAGAACUUACUUGUGAUAAUGGGACCUUCUCCUCUUCACCUCCUACAUGUUCCGCUAUCUGUACUGUGGACAGCGAUUGCUUGAAUGGAGGGACCUGUGACAUGCUAUCAACCUGUAACUGUACAUCAGACUUCACAGGCUUAAACUGCGAAAAUGAAAAUUGUGAUAUUGAAGCGGUACCCAAUUCAAAUCAGACAAUGAAUGUUACCGUCGAACACGAUGCCACAGUCGUUGUAGCUUGUGACUCGGGCUACACUUCUGAGUCGGGCAUUACUACAGAACUCACUUGUGAUAAUGGGACCUUCUCCUCUUCACCUCCUACAUGUUCCGCUGAGGAGCAACAGAACGCAACUGCAACAACAAUGGAAGAGGAAACAACCGCAACCACUUCAGACGCCGUGCAACAAAACACGACCACAACAGAUACCGUUCAACAAAACACAACUUCAACAACGCCAAUGCAAGAGAACACAACUGCAACUUCAACGCCACAAGAUACAGCUUCAACAACACCAAUGCAAGAAAACGCAACUCCAACUUCAACGCCACAAAAUACAACUUCAACAACACCAAUGCAAGAUAACACAACUCCAACUUCAACGCAACAGAAUACAACUUCAUUAACACCAAUGCAAGAUAACACAACUCCAACUUCAACGCCACAGAAUACAACUUCAACUGCACCAAUGCAAGAUAACACAACUGUAACUUCAACGCCACAGAAUACAGCUUCAACAACACCAAUGCAAGAUAACACAGCUGCAACUUCAACGCCACAGAAUACAACUUCAACAACACCAAUUCAAGAAAACACAACUGCAACUUCAACGCCACAAAGCACCACAGACCAACAAAACACAACUACACAAAACACAACUACGACAGCUGAUACCACAACAGGUUCGCCCACGACAGACGUUUCGCAGGAGACCACUUCUGAGGGGGGUACAACGUCAGAGGCAGCGACAACAGGAGACACCGUUCCAGAAACAACAAGUGUUAUGACCACGACGACACCUGCCGCAACAACUGUUACAACCACCACGACACCUGCCACAACAACUGAACUGUCAACCACUGCAACUCCGGACCUCGAUGAGUGUUUAACCGGGAUACAUGGCUGCGACACCAACGCACUGUGUAUAAACACGGUGGGAAGUUACAGAUGUGAAUGUCGAAAUGGGUUUGAAGGCGACGGAUUCUCCUGUUACGAACGCAUCUACAUCGCCUAUGAUCCUGGUUUCGAUGAUAUGCGAUACUAUGGAAGAGGAUUGCUUGCUUGGUAUACGAUCCGACUUGAAACAGGUUUCCCUGUCGGGCGUUCUACGCUGUAUUCCUACAUUACGUUUACAUCAACAGGAAUGAUCCACUUUUCAAACUACUAUCCUCGUUCCUAUCAUCUAACAAAGUACAUCCACCCAUCUCCGUUUACAUUCUGGGAUCAGUUCUACUUUGACCCCGCCAUUGCGGUCUUCGGUGCAUCGGUCGAUCUCUACCGCGGUAACCCAAGCAUCUACCAUCAGGUAUACGACAUUAACAGGUCUUAUGGAAACUCUGAGUCCCAGCUCUCAGCGCUUAAACAAAGAAUUUAUGAGGCCUUGUCACUCCCAUCAGGAAUCAAUUCUCAACAGUUCAUUGAAGGGAUCAACUUCUUUUUGAAGAUUACCUGGAAUAGGGUCCAACCUCCAGGAUCUAUUUCAGGAGAGGAGACGAAUACCUAUCAAGCCGUUCUCUUCACUGACGGCAGGAGAAGUGGUAUCUUGAAUAUGUAUCAGGAAGGCAGUUUCCGGUGGGACCCAUUCUCCAAGCCGGUACCGGCUAGAAUCGGAUGGAACAUCAAGAGUAAUAGAUAUAAUAGAUACCAAGGCUAUCGCCAAACUGAACGGAUCGAAAGCUACCGCCCCGAUAUAAGAAUUGGCAACACCCGUCUACAGGGUAGAGACAUUUACCGUCUUGACGACAACCCUGACUGGUAUAUAAACGCACGCCGAUACUGUCAAGACUGGUAUGAUAAUGAUCGGUCUUAUUGGUCAUGGUCGUGGCUUGCAGAGCCAUGCCCCUGCACCCUGUGGCAGGCCCGGAUAGAUCGAAGGUUCACCCGCUGCAACUACCCGUACUACGGUUAUGGCCCCGAUUACGAUUACAGAUUUGGUUACAAUACCGGACCUCCCCUCUACUAUUAUGAUCGAUGGGGGACUACCUGUUACCAACCUCGAUGGCCCCGCUUUGGAGGAGGAUUUAGAUGUACCUAUUAUUCAUAUUUUUGGUGGUCCUCGUCUUUGAUCCGAGGUUAUAGAAGUCUGUGGAGAUCCAGCCACUACCAAGCCGUCAUGCCGUCGAACGCAAGAUUCUUCACGUUUUACUAUUAUUCCCUGAACUACUAUUACGCUUGGAUCGAACGUGAUGUCCUUCCCCGCUUUUACUGCUGCGGACAAGCCGGAGGAAGAUACUGCAACCUUUAUGAGAGACGUCGUCCUAGGGCUCACUGCUGGGGAUACAGACCUCCGAGAUUUGGAUGGUUCUGGGGCGAUCCCCACAUCAAUACCAUCGAUGGUAAGAAGUACACCUUUAAUGGUCUUGGUGAGUACACGUUGAUGUCUUACAGCCAUGGAGAUGGGUUUAAUUUACAAUCAAGAACUGGCAAGGCUUUUAACGGCACCGAACCUGUGGAACAUGGAACAGUAUUCACAGGGUUCGCUGCAACACAAGGUAUCACCACGGUUGAAUUUCAGCUGAAUGACAACAGGACUGAAAUGAAUACUCUUGUCAAUGGUUCCUCCAUUAACAUGACGGCCUUUUUGGAAGAUGGAUACGAUUCCCUGGAUGAGACGUUUAUCUUAUCCUCGGAUACCUCGGAUAAUGAGACCGAACCCGCAAAUGAGACCAAAGUCACAGCUCUCUUUCAAGCAGACGGUUAUCCGAGUACAUCCUUCACCGUGACCUUCAAGAAUGGUAUCCUAGAUAUAGGCGUUAUGGUGCCACCUGAGUAUGCUGAGAAUGGAACCGGAAGGGGUCUUCUUGGAAAUGUAAAUGGGAACAAAUCAGACGAUUUUCUGCUCAAGAAUGGAACGAUAUUGACGGAUCCGCCUGGAAGGAAUUUGACAGACAGUGAGAUAUUCCAAUUUGGACAGACAUGGCAAAUUAGUGAAGAGGAAUCGCUCUUUGAGUAUGGCGACAGCGAUUGGAGUUCCUACAAUCCCAGCAACUACACACCAAUCUUCCUCGACGAGCUGCUCGAUCUCGAUCCCGUCCGAACCGCCGCGGCCCGGGCAGCUUGCCAGGAGAACGAAGCUUGCCUCUUCGACUACCUCGCUGUAAACCCUGAAAUGGGUGAACAGACAAUGAGCACGGGAGACCAACUCGACAACGACCUCCUAAGCCUUGAUAACUACCCUCCAAACAUUACCGAUGUGACAGAGAUUACCGGCACCAACGCUUUACAAGACGAUGAUGUUCUCUUUGUGGAAGUGGGCAUGAAUGUUACCUUGAAGAUCAGUGCAGAGGACCCUAACGAAGGAGACGAAGUAACUUUUAGUUUCAAUAGUACAAUACUGGAUGGCGCCACUAUCAGCUCAGAUGGUAUUUUCACAUGGAUACCCCCUGACCUGAACGCGACCUCCAUUGAGAUCAUCGCGGCGGAUAACCGGAACGCACAGACGUCUAUAGCGUACAAGGUUCUCAUCUGUGAAUGCCAGAACAGUGGUGUGUGCGACUUCGAAGACCAAGCCGAGGGCCAGGACCUCAAUGCCAAUGGUUUCGCGGUGGUCACAUGCAACUGCACUGAUGGGUGGUCAGGUGACCAUUGUGACGUAGACUUCAAUGCAUGUGAGGGCAGCGGACCCUGUUAUCCGGGGGUUAUCUGCGAGGACUUGACUCCAUCUGAUGAUGAAGAAUACAAUUGCGGACCAUGCCCGUCCCACUUGUCAGGCAACGGAAGCAACUGCUUUGACUUUAAUGAGUGCGGCGAUAAUAAUACAAAUGAAUGUGACCAAAUUUGUACAAACACUCUGGGAUCGUACACCUGUUCUUGCAACGCUGGAUUUGUUCUAAGCCUUGAUCAGAAAUCGUGUAACGAAAUAAGUGAUUGCGACGAAGCUCUGAUGAAUUCUACUGGCUCUGUAAACUGCACCUGUGAUCCUGGCUUCGAACUUGAAAAUGGAACUUGUUUAGAUUUCGAUGAAUGUGGGGCGAAUGUCGACGAGUGUCCAUCGGGCAUAUCCACGUGCAACAAUCUCCCUGGAGAUUAUAACUGCACCUGCCUUCCAGGAUAUGAAAACUCAUCACCGAAAGAGUGUCAAGAUAUUGACGAAUGUUCCACAAUGUCGCAUGACUGCAACGCAACAAACCAUUUUGUCUGUAUGAAUACCCAGGGUAGCUUUGCAUGUGUCUGCACGGAGAAUAAAUUCGAUAUCGGUGGGACUUGCGAAGAUGCGUUGACGUUAUCUCUCGGCGUUGGUUUUACUUUCAUCAGCAAUUUUGGAAUCGAAUCAUACCCGGAAGUAAUUGAAUCAGAGCAGACCCAGAAUGAUCUGGCCCAAGAUGUAUUGGAAUACCUCAACGCAUCAUCAAGUCUCAGUGAUGACUCACUGCUGGCUGUGUCUGUCCAGAACUAUAGUUUACACGGAAGUUAUGCCCUGGUCUUCUUCCGGGUUGAUCUAAGAGAUGACACUUCCUUGAAUAGUUCCGGUCUGGAGGGGAUUUUCAUGGAACUACUUCCGGAUUCACGACGUAUUGAACCAUCUCAUAUUGUCAGACCAGAAGAUAUCAACGAAUGUGAAUUGUCCGAAGAUGCCUGUCGUAAUGGGGAGUGUACGGAUACUGAUGGGGGCUUCUAUUGUAACUGUAACGAAGGCUUCGAGCUUGGAUUGGGAAACGACUCUUGCCUAGAAAUCGAUGAAUGCGCAUCUGAUCCUUGUCAAAACGGAGCGACCUGCACGGAUGAGAUCAAUAGCUAUAACUGUAUCUGUGCUCCCGGUUACAAUGGAACCAACUGCGAUACAGAAGACGGCUCAACUACCACAGAAUCUUUAGUAAAUCUACUAACAACGACAAUGGGAGCGGAAACUACAACACGUGUUAUCCCUGGUGAAAUAUUCCGGAGCAUUGUAAGAAUGGAACUGACAGUAAGCAGUGUGAACGAUGUUGCUAUAGAGUUCACAGCCGAGCUAGAAGAUAACACAUCUCCUGCUUUUAGUGAUAUGGAAGGAGUAUUUUGUGGAGAGACUACGAACUUUUUGACGUCAAACUUGAGUUCGGCUGAAAACGUAACAUGUGUUGCAGUAUCUUUCCGGAGCGGUAGCGUCAUCGGCGAUCUAGAGAUCACUCUCCUGGCGACAUCACAGGCAUUGGCUGAUAGUCUAAGCGAUUCGGUCGCGAGGCUGGAUCUUGAAAACGCAAACUUGGGAUCCCUUUUUGUCGUAUCUAUCAGUGUUGAUAAUAUCGAUAACUGUCAGAGCGAUACUUGCAGAAAUGGAGGAACAUGUACGGACGGAUUCAACUCUUUCUCCUGCGCAUGCGCAACAGAUUACAGCGGGAAUGACUGCUCGACAUACACUGGUAGUGGAGGCCUUUCAACGGGUGCUAUAGUAGGCAUCGCUCUUGGGUCUGUGGCUGGAGUCCUUUUGAUAGUGGUUCUGAUUGUUUGUGUAGUCAUGGCGAAGAAGAAGAAGAGUGGCAAGGAACAUAAGGCUUUGGUGACUGGAAGUAGAAAUCGGGUGAGCCCAAUGUUGAGACAAUCUGAGGAAUGGCAAACAGAAGAUCAAGCUAUGCUGGCCAUGGAAGACAGACGAUACCAAGGAAAAGGGGGAUCAUCGGAACAUGCUGGAGUGAAUAACUCCGCGAUUGAAGUUGAAGAAACCAAGCAGUAGAGCACAAUCUCAAAAUGGAUCCCGAUACACCAAACUGCCAUGAGGAGGCCUUCUAGGUCGGAGCUUCCUUUACUUUUCUAUGUUUAUUGAAACAUGUGAUUCCGUCCAUCAAAUUCAAAUUUGCAUUCAUAUGCUAAGGACAGCAUUUUCUAUGUUUAUUGAAACAUGUGAUUCCGUCCAUCAAAUUCAAAUUUGCAUUCAUAUACUGAGGACAGCAUUUUUUUAUUAUUCCAUCCAAUGUAUAAAUGGAGCUUCUCCGUGAAAAUAUGAAAUGAAUUAUUAUUAAAAAUUUUAAGUAUUAUAGCACUUUUGUAUUGGUAUAUAGGCCCAAUAAUGUGACUAAUGCAAUGAACAUUUUUUUUAUGUUACACACGGAAUAGGACGGAAUAAAAUAUUGUCUGGAGUAAUUUUUUCAAAAUAAUUUAAGUUGAAAUAACAUGAUAUUGUUUCAUCAUUAUUUAGAUUUCGUAAAGUUAGUAGAUAUUUCAAUUAAGUUUAUCUGAAACAAUAUAUAGUUGUUUCAUCAGUGUUUUAUAUCGUAUCAGUCUAUCUUUUGGGAUAGUUUUUUGUUUUGAAUUAGUAUAUCUUUAAAGGUAGUUUUUCUUUUUACCUGCAAAAAUAUGUUGUUGUUUCAUCGUUGUUUUUUAAGCUACAGGUAUAUUCUGUACUAGGUUCUUUUGGGGUUUUUUUUAUGUGAAAACAAUGUUCGUGAAAAAAACUUUUAAAAUGUGGUUUUAUUUUUUUCAAUCAGAGACAGUCAUAGUUUAAGGAUAUUUAAGAUAUCUGCUAAGUGAAUCAAUUCAAAAUCUAAAAAGGGACGAGAUUUGCUGCUGGAAACUAAAGAAGAUUUGCAGGUGACAACUUGUGGCUGAAAAAAGAUUAUUUUCUUUUUUAUUAAUCAGAUUUAGUUGUAAGAAAUGAGUUUAUGCAGUUGUGCUCAUCAGUUAGUGAACCCCACCACAAAAUGCACUAAUUCAUGCUUACUGUUAAAUGUAGAUAGCAACACUACAGUGCUUAAAUUCAACAGUGUAAAUAUAUGUUCACACUGUGGACACCUCGACAGUGUGACUGUUCGCAGCGUGUUCACACGGUUGACAAUGUGAAUAUGUCAUUCACACAGUUCAUAUACUCAAGUUAAACAGUGUGAAUGUGAUUUUACAUUGUGUCCCACACUGUGAACACACUGUGGCACACACUGUAGGACACUGUGUUCUAUCCAGUAGGGAUAUGCUCAAUUAGCUUAUAUUUCAUAUUGACCUUAAAUUCAACAAAAGUAGAUUUGCGGCCUUAUGUCAUGUUUAUCAUCUAUUUCUUGCAAGUGUUUAUUCCUGUAUUCCCGAAUUCAUAUUGAGGAGCAAAGUUGUAAUACAUCGUUCCUACUGGCCAAUCCAGGGGGUUGGGGAGCCGGCCCGUGCCACCCCCCCCCCCCUCCUUCGAGAGACACAAUUAAAAUUUGUAAUGUAAAAAUGCCGUUGGAACAGAAGUGUGCCCCCCCCCCCUUUUGAAAGUGAAGGCUCCUUUUUUGGCAUGUCAAUUUUUUUCUCGGAAAAAUGUUCCCCCCCCCCCCCCUUGGAAACUCCUGGAUCCGCCCCUACUCUUUCCCAUUGUCGUACGAUCCUUUACGAGAGCAACAAUUGGCCUUUCGUAACCGAUCGCGAAAACGUUUGAACCAUUCAAUAUUUUUCUACGAUCAAUACGAUUGCCACGACUAAUCUGAUACGAUCAGAUAAGAUCAAUACGAUUACUCAACGAUUUAGUACGACGUUUGGAUCGUGGCGCAAAUCAUGACAGUGGGAACUAGGUAUUAGCUCCAUAACGUAGCUGUACAUUAUUUUGUUUUGAUUUGUUUUUUGUUCCUUUUUUUUUGUUUUCAAAGUUUUGCUGUGAGCUAUGAAUCUUGUAAACUAAAUAUGCAGCGCAGUUGAAACGGAAAGUUCGCUGGCUGAAUAGGUAGAAAUAUAUUAAAAGAAUAGGCAAGACAUGGAAUAUUAGACCUCCUAGAUGAGAGCGGUUUUUGUUUAUUAAUGUUUAUUUUGUAUUUCGAUUAUUUUUGGCGUGUUAAAACAAUACAUAUUGAUGGAAUAAGAUGAUUUAAGUCCGCCAAAACUAUGUUUACAACAAUGAUUGAUUCCAAGACUUGUGUGCAUGCUGUCUUCUCCUUCACAUUUAGGAAAGUUAAAGAGAGAGGGGAUUAUUCUUGUGACAUGAAUAGAAAAGUCAAGUGUUUGUAGAGUUGAUUAUUUAUUGAAAGAAUUAAAAUUCCUUUGAUUUUGCCAUUUAGUUAUUCAUUCAAGGAAAUAUCAAGAAUAAUUUUGCAAUAUCUUUAAAUAUCUUUUUUGUAAAGUUGGCCUGGGUCUAUAUGUAAAAUUGAUUAUUUAAAUUGGAUAUUGUUGCAAUAUCUUUAAAUAUCUUUUUUGUAAAGUUGGCCUGGGUCUAUAUGUAAAAUUGAUUAUUUAAAUUGGAUAUUGUUGCAAAAUCAUAAUUUGAUAUUUGAUUGUUACUUGGUUGAUAUACGGAUAUUUUGUUGUUUAUUGCAGGAACGGCGGAACGGGGGAGGGCAGGGUGCACUUGUCCCUCCCCCCCCCCCCCCCCAAUAAAAACAAUCCACGUAGGAAAAAUAAAUCCUCUUUCAAAAUGGAAAAUGCCCUUUUAUCAAUAUGAAAUGUACCUUUUUUGUCAAAAUAAAAUACGCUUCUUGAAGUAAAACACAUACAUUCUAGGUGGGAUGAUCACAUGCCCUUUUAACAGUAGGCCUAAUUAGCGCCAUAAUUGACCAAAAAGGGAGUUUUACAACGAUAAAUUUGAUUUUUUUUUCAAAACCGCUUGCUCGCUGCCCUCUCUCUCACAGAAAAAAAAGCUUAAAUAUAUAUUUCUUAUCAAACAGAAGUCACUUCAAGAAGGCUUUGUCCAACUUAACUACUGCAGUGUACACAAAUACGCAGAUGAUUAUCAUGGUGAAAAUAUCCUUUUGCACCGAAAUGUCCGUUUUGACAUACAGUGCCCUUUUUUGGCUUUGCCCCCCCCCCCCCCCCCCACCAAAAAUACGUUCCGCCGCCCCAGGUUUAUUGUGUGAUUAAAAUUCUUCUGUAAAUUAUUUUUCAAUUUUCAACUGUUAGCUUUACAUGUAUAUAUUAAUAAUUUUUGGCUGAAAUUCUCGUUCUUUUUGUUAAACGCUUAACGUCAUUCCUUGUGAUAAUCGCUAUAUAUAUAUAAUAUCACUGUUGAUGAUUAUUAUUAAGUUAUUUUAAGUCAAUGACGUGGUGUAUGGUUUUAUUUUUUUACUAAGAUCACAAUCUUCAAAAUAUAUUUUAAUUUAAAUAAAAAAAACAUGUUUGUAUACAGUUUUAUUUCUUCUAAUACAGACAAAAUGAUUAAACGUAAAGGACAGAUAUGUGCACAGACUUAAUUUUUACCAGAGCAAUUAUCAAAAGAUAUCUAAAUUCAAAGUAAGACAUGUUUAUUUUUUUUACUCAUAGAGCACUUAUCAAAAUAGUUAUUAAAUAUAAAGUCAAUGAUGUGAAUGUGUACAGUAGAGACAGCAAUAAUUAAAAAAUAAAAAAUUCCAAUUGAAUGACGUGGCUAUGCACAUUUUACUCAGAGUACAAUUUUAAUAACAAUAAACGAAACAUUCU